AUUGAAUGAGUACUGAAGCCUCCUUCCAUCUCUAAGCACUUCAGCGCAUAAACGUUUACUAUUAACAUUCCUCUCAAAUUUAGGGUUUAUGUACCAUUGUCUUCUCUCUCUGGCAUCUUCUCUCCCUCUCCCUCCAUCCAAACAAUCCUCCUCUUUCUCCCGUAAACUCUGAGGCGAACACUGCAAUGCUUUCAGUUCUGGAGCAGUGAAAUCUACUUCCAACUCUCCCGACGUACUUCGGCGGAAUACCGCUGCUACUGUCGCCGAGCAAUGCAAAGUUCUAUCCGCAGGACCGCCUUCGACCUCCGUUUUAGAAAUAUCGUCAAAUUUUGCCAUACAGAUGUAUCCAGAACCCGCCGUUUUCACUUUACAGCCGGAGCUUUGCAGAACGGAGCGACUACGGGGCUCUACGGAUUUCACCACUUGAAGACUCCCAAAGGCUUUCGACGUUUUGUCGACGAAGCUAUUGAAAGGUCUGGCGAACUGGUUAAUUACAUUAGUGGAAUGCCUUCAUCUACUGAAAUUAUUCGAGCCAUGGAUGAAAUUUCAGAUACGGUUUGUUCUGUUGUUGAUUCUGCAGAAUUUUGUAGGAAUACCCAUCCAGACAGGGAAUUCAUCACUGAGGCUUGCAAAGCAUCAAUGAGAAUGAAUGAAUAUAUGCAUUAUCUCAACACAAAUAAUUCAUUGUAUGAUGCGGUGAAAAAAGCGGAGCAAGAUAGUCAUUUGCUUACUGUGGAAGCUCGCAGGGCUGCUCAUUCUCUACGCAUCGACUUUGAAAAGGGCGGAAUUCAUCUGUGCGCUGAGAAACUUGAUCGAGUAAAUCAGUUAAAUGUGGCCAUAUUUAAGCUGAGCAGGGAGUUUGGUGAAAAUAUAACCACCGACCCUGGUCACGUGGAUGUAUUUCCAGCAUCACGCAUUCCAAAAAAUUUGCACCAUCUUAUAAAGCCCAUUUAUCGUUGCACAUCUGCAACAUUGAAAGGAUCAUUGAAGCAGAGUUCUUCAAAAGAAAAGGGGUUUCAGAUAACAACGGAGCCACGUACAUUGUCUUCAAUACUACAAUGCGUGCCAGAUGAAGAGGUUAGGAAAAUGGUAUAUGUGCAAGGAAACUCUGUCCCCCAUGCGAACAUUGAAGUUCUUGACAAGCUGAUUGCUUCCCGCCAUGAGCUAGCUCAGAUAUUGGGAUAUAAAUCUUAUGCCGAGUUUGUUGUGAAGCCAAACAUGGCUUCUUCACCUGAUGUUGUGACGUCGUUUCUACAUGACAUGAGCAAUAUGAUCAGGCCUCAGGCUGAUAAGGAGUUUAAGACAACUAGGAACUUUAAGAGAGAGAGAUGCGGUCAGCAAUGUGUUGAUUUAGAGCCUUGGGAUGAGGCUUACUACUCGGCAAUGAUGAAAUCUUCUGCUCAUGAUUUGGAGUCUUCAAUUGUUUCAUCAUAUUUUCCCCUGCCACAAUGUAUUGAAGGAUUAAAAGUGCUGGUUGAAUCAUUAUUUGGCGCAGCAUUUCUUUGCAUCCCGAUGGCACCAGGUGAAUCAUGGCACCCUGAUGUGCUAAAAAUGUCUCUCCAUCAUCCUGACGAGGGUGAUUUGGGAUAUCUGUACCUUGACUUGUAUUCGAGGCAGGGAAAAUAUCCUGGUUGUGCUAACUUUGCAAUUAGAGGGGGUCGCCGGAUUUCUGAGACAGAAUAUCAACUUCCUGUUGUGGCCCUCAUCUGCAAUUUUUCGGGGUCAAAUAGUUCAUCAACAGUGAGACUUAAUCAUUGGGAAGUAGAAACCCUGUUUCAUGAGUUUGGACAUGCUCUUCAUUCUUUACUCUCAAGAACGAAUUAUCAACAUUUCUCUGGUACCAGGGUGGCACUCGACUUAGCUGAGACACCUUCAAACCUAUUUGAGUACUAUGCAUGGGAUUACCGUGUCUUGAAGAGAUUUGGAAGACACUAUUCAACUGGUGAAAUAAUACCUGAGAAAUUAGUGAAGUCAAUGCUAGGUGCUAGGGACAUGUUUGCAGCGACUGAAUUGCAGCGCCAGAUUUUCUAUGCAUUGGUUGACCAAACCCUUUUUGGGGAACAGCCACCCUCACCCAGAGAUACAAGUUCUAUUGUUGCUGAGUUGAAAAGACAGCAUACCAGCUGGAAGCAUGUGGAGGGUACACGUUGGCAGAUCCGAUUUAGUCAUCUUAUAAACUAUGGUGCAGGUUACUAUAGCUACUUGUAUGCGAAAUGCUUUGCUGCGAAUAUAUGGCAAAAGCUGUGCCUCGAGGAUCCACUUUCACUAGCUACAGGAAAUGCCCUUAGAACAAAAUUUUUGAUGCAUGGAGGAGCCAAAGAACCAGCUGAUUUGCUGAAUGAUCUAGCGACGGAUGGGAUUGUAAGGUACUCCAAAGGAGGGAUAAUUCCUGAUAUAACUAAUUAUUUGGAUGAACUGAAGAUACUGGAAGAUAGGCAAGAACCUUUAAAAUAUGAAAUUCAGUGAGACAUAGAAAAUCAAAUAAAGAGAGCAGACGGGGCGGUUAGAGAAAUAUUAAAAGAAUCAAAGAUAAUCCUGUUAAAGGAUGCGUGUAAGGUGACGUGCGCUUUUUUCCGUCCCGUGUGAUUGCCGCAGGGAAAUCAGUGGGCUGAUGUCUGUGAAGUAGCAGUGUGAAAAGGUAAGAUCAAAACUUCUCAUUAAUUCUUUGGGCUCUUGCUUGCCUGAAUUGAGCAUGCGAUAAGGUUUAUUUAAUGUGAUCAUUUUUUUUGCGCAUUUAUAAAUUAUAAGCAGUUUAAUUUAAUCAUUGCAGAUGUGAGCAGGUUUAUUUUCCUUUUGUUUA